CAAAUGGGGGGGAAAAAACUCCAACCAAAUUCCGUUUCCACUUUCCGGCGAAAGCAACAGCGUGCAGCAUUCCCUCCGCUCCACACUCAGACUGAUUGGACUGAUUGGUCUUCGUCGUCUCUCUCCCCUUCUCUCUCUCUCUCUCUCUCUCGCUUUGCGCUUACGGCGUACCCCUGAGAAAUGGCCGACGAUCGAAUCCGAUUUGGCAUUUUGGGAUGUGCGAAGACCGCUCGUAAAGUGUCUAGAGCCAUUACGCUCGCCCCUAACGCCUCUCUCUACGCCGUCGGUAGUCGCUCCAUCGACAAGGCCUCGCGAUUCGCCGCCGACAAUGGCUUCCCGCCGUCGGCCAAGGUCUACGGCAGCUACGAUGCUGUCCUUGACGACCCCGACGUCGACGCCGUCUACGUUCCCCUCCCCACCAGCCUCCACGUGUCAUGGGCCAUCGCCGCUGCCCGUAAGAGGAAGCACGUGCUCCUCGAGAAGCCUGUGGCUCUCAACGUCGCCGAGCUCGACGAGAUUCUGCAGGCUUGCGAAUCCAACGGUGUUCAGUUCAUGGACGGUACCAUGUGGAUGCACCACCCGCGCACGGCCAAGAUGCGAGACUUCCUCUCCGAUGCGCUGCUUUUUGGGGAGCUCAAAGUGAUAAAUGCCUGCUUAACGUUUGGUGCUGGUCCUGAUUUUCUCAAGAAUAAUAUUCGUGUUAAACCAGACCUUGAUGCUCUGGGUUGUCUUGGUGAUAUGGGGUGGUACUGCAUCAGGGCAAUUCUGUGGAUUGCAAACUAUGAACUGCCUAAAACAGUCAUCGCUCUGCAUGGGGCUGUUUUUAAUGAAGCAGGGGUGAUCAUAUCUUGUGGGUCGUCCUUGCAAUGGGAAGACGGGAAAGUGGCAACUUUUCAUUGUUCCUUCAUAUCCCAUUUGACCAUGGAUGUAACUGCAGUUGGAACAAAGGGGACUUUGCAUCUUCGUGAUUUUGUCAUUCCAUUUAAUGAGAACCAAGCAUCAUUUUCAGCUGCUACAAAGUCUGGGUUUACUGAGCUAGUGACCGGAUGGAACUCAGUGCCAAGUGAACACACAAUUGCGACAGACAUUCCACAGGAAGCUCGCAUGGUGACAGAGUUUGCUGGGUUGGUUAAAAGUGUUAAAGGAAGUGGUUCAAAGCCCGAAGAGAAGUGGCCAACCAUCAGUAGGAAGACCCAGCUGGUGCUUGAUGCAGUGAAGGAAUCGAUUGAUAAAGGUUGCAAGCCAGUCAAAGUCGUGUACUAGAUUGAAUUAUCUUGUAUUCAGUCUUUGUGAGUUUGUUGUUGUUGUUGUAUGAAUCUACCACUUGUAGUCGGGAAAAAAAAUGGGGAAAAUAAAAACCUGCGUUGUGGUGAAGGGGAUCACUUGCUUUGCAGUUUGAUUGUUCACAAAUAAAUAUCUCCCCUAUGUGUAUGGGCAUUUGCCUGGAAAAAUCAUUGGUAAGCAAAUAUGAAAAAGCUAGAAGUUUGGGAAA